AUGCUCGCGGCUUCAUCCUCCAACUCGCCCACCUUCUCCGCAACCUCCUCGCCCACCUUUCGCACCCGGUCGCGGCAUGCCUCGCGCAGCUCCUCACACCACACACAGUCUCCCCGAACAUACCAGAUCUUCCCAGAUUCCCGGCGACCGGAUGCGCCAGCAGCUCCGCUCACCGCGCCUCCCGCAGCGCCUACCGUCUCGAACCCCGGACGACAGACUGUCGAUGCGGGAACUCAGUACACUCCACAAGGCUAUCCACCGACCGCACAGAGGCCGAUAGAGAGGCCGAUAGACAUACCUAGGAGCGAAGGCACACUGCCGAGGAGCAACUCGACGACCAAGCGGAGGGCAGCCUCCACCACAACCACAACGGACCCUCCGGAGCCAGAAGUGCGGCAGGCUCCGCAGACGCCUUCGAAAAAUGCGCGAGCCUCUGAACCGGCCUCUGCGAGCGCGUCUGCUCCAGUACUGCAAGCAGGCCAGCCUUCGCCGCAGAAGCGCAUACGGCCGUCCAGUUCGGCGGUGAAAGUCAUGCCGGUGAAAUAUGAGACGUGCGAUGUCAAGGAUUUAGGGGUGCUGAUCUCAGACAUGCUGAUCGAGCUCGUCCGUAUCAACGACGGCUUUCCGCUCAAAGACGGGCAGCUGACGCGGUUCCACUCACGAGCACCCCCAGGCAUCUCCAUCCGCGACUACCUCUUCAGGCUCAUCAUCCACGCCACGCUCUCCCCGCCAAUCCUCCUCUCCAUGGUCUACUACGUCGACCGCCUCUGCCUGCUCUACCCCGCCUUCACCAUCAGCAGCCUGACUGUGCACCGCUUCCUCAUCGCCUCGGCGACCGUCGCUGCGAAGGGCCUCAGCGAUAGCUUCUGGACCAACAACACGUACGCGCGAGUCGGCGGCGUGAGCACAAGGGAGCUGGCACUGCUGGAGCUGGAGUUCCUGACGCGCGUUGACUGGAAGAUCGUGCCGAAGCCGGAGGUGCUGGUGGAUUACUACGUUAGUCUGGUGGGGAGGAGCGAGGGAUAUGUGCUUGAGAGUCUGGAGCCGGCGAAGCAGUAG